GCCAUUGAACCAGGGAGUGAUAGCUUGAGGAUGCUGAGUUGCAGAAGCUUGCUGUCUCGAACAAUAAGGAGAAAGAAGAAGGAUCCCAAGAGAAUCAAAUCCAACAAAAAUAUCAAAAAUGUUCCCAGAGAGCAGGAACUGCCCAACCAACAACAAGAAGAUGAAGACAAUGAGGAAGGGUUCAAUCUCAAAUCCUCAGCUCCAUCACACACUCAUGGUGUUCAGCCACUGGGCAAUCUUUAUCUCAACCCAGGUUCCGUCAACUCCAGAAAUACUGGUUUAGGUAAUCUCCAGACCUUGACUGAUGAGCUUGUUCUUGAAAUUCUUGGGCUUUUGGAUGCCACCCACCUGGGUGUUCUAGCCUGUGUUAGUAAGUCUUUUUAUGUUUUUAGUAACCAUGAACCCCUUUGGAGGAAUCUUGUAUUGGAUGGUUUAAAUGGGAGGUUUUUGUAUGAUGGGUCGUGGAAAUCUACCUACAUUACUGCUUGUAACCCUUUGAUUGAUUUUUCCAGGGUGCUGGUUUCGGGGUUGAAAGUUAGGGACUUUUAUUCUGAUUAUUUGUUUCAGAGUUGGUUAUGUGCUAAUCUUGAAAUGAGACCAGAAUGGCUUGAAAGGGAUAAUAUAGUUCGGAAAAGGGGGAUUAGUGUUGAGGAAUUUGUGAUGAAUUUUGAGGAACCAAAUAAACCUGUAUUGUUGGAAGGGUGCUUGGAUAAUUGGCCUGCAUCCAAAAAAUGGAACAGAGAUUAUUUGGUUAAGCUAUGUGGUGAUGUUCCAUUUGCGGUUGGACCGGUAGAAAUGAAGCUGGAGGACUAUUUUAAGUAUUCUGAUCAAGUGAGGGAAGAGAGGCCAUUGUAUUUGUUUGAUCCUAAGUUUGCAGAGAAGGUUCCAGUUUUGGGUUCAGAAUAUGAAGUUCCAGUGUACUUUAGAGAGGAUCUAUUUAGUGUUUUGGGUAAGGAGAGACCAGACUACAGAUGGAUUAUAAUUGGUCCAGCUGGUUCUGGUUCAUCAUUUCACAUUGAUCCUAAUUCAACAUCAGCUUGGAAUGCAGUGAUCAAAGGAUCUAAGAAAUGGGUUUUGUUCCCCCCUGAUGUGGUUCCUCCAGGUGUGCACCCUAGUCCAGAUGGUGCAGAAGUGGCGUGUCCUGUUUCAAUCAUUGAAUGGUUCAUGAAUUUUUAUGGAGCUUCAAAGAAUUGGAAAAAGAGACCUAUUGAAUGCAUUUGUAAGGCAGGGGAAGUGAUCUUUGUGCCUAAUGGAUGGUGGCAUCUAGUCAUUAACUUGGAGGACUCCAUUGCCAUUACACAGAAUUACGUUAGCAGGAGGAAUUUGUUGAAUGUUCUGGAUUUUCUCAAGAAGCCAAAUGCCAGCGAACUUGUAUCUGGGACAAAAGAUAGAAUAAACUUACAUGAUAAGUUUAAGAAUGCUAUUGAAGCCUCUUUCCCAGGAACCAUUGAAGAAUUAACACUGAAAGCAGAGGAGAAACAGGCCCAGCAGAAAAAGGUUUCAUUCUGGGAUUCAGUGACCGAUUCCAAGGUGGGCGGUUUCAAGUUCUCUUUCUAAACGAACACCCACACGAAGACCACCAGGUGAUAACCAGACGAGUCAGUCUGCACAUUCCAAAGAAAACAUUUUCUGGUCUUCCAUUUGAGUUCGAAGACGGAUAAUUAUUGGAAAACAGUUUUGAGAUUGAUUGAAUCAUUUUUCAUGUUGUAUUCUGAUCAAAUGAUGUAACAUUAACGUCAUUGUCAUCCACAAUUUUU